UCCAAUAGGAGUUGAAGUCCAUCUUUUGAGUGAAUGGACAAACACCCCAUACCAGGUUAGGGGCUUAGGCCCCAUGCGGCCCGUUUGACGCAAGCUUUUUGUCCGUAAUCAGUAAAUCCGUGUUGUCUCUCUCUGUCUCUCCCCCCUCUCUCUGUCUGAGUCUCUCUCCCCUCUGUGCCCGCUUCUUCUCCCACGAAUUGCGAAACCAAACCCUAGUCUGUCUAAAUCACUGAACCGUUAAUUCUCUCGAUUAUGCUCUAUUCAUUGAUGCAUUGUUGAAUCAACACAUUUUCUAUAUCCUCUGUUCAUCGAUCCACAUUUGACGGUUCUGAUUUCACAUGUGAUUUGAUCACAAAACUAGAGAGACAAAAGGGAAGGUCGAGCAAUAAAUCAUCAAAAGGCUUAGCUUAGAAGUGCACAGCGAGGAGGGAGUGGGAGUGCAAGCACGGGAGGAGCGAGGGUAGGCACCGGAAGUCCGGAACAAGGAAGUGCUUGGUUCUAUGGUGCUAAAAAGGUACCUUAUGCUAUCAGCCUGUCACUUUUUUGGAGUACCAAAUUGGUAACUUUUGAAAGUGCAAGUACCCUUAAUUUCUUUUGGGGGACCAUAUUGAGAUCUUCCAUUUAGAAAAAGCUCUGGUUUGAUUAGCAUAAGUGGAAGAGCGGGUUGGAAUUGGGGGAAGUCACUAUCUCAGGGUGGAAUAGGGGAAGUAACCAUCUCUGGUUAAGACCAAACCAUCUUCACCUUCAUAAGCAAAGCCAUUUAUGUCCUGAAGAGGACCCAUGAUCCUGAAGGAUAUAUACUGGUAAAUAUGGUUCUCUAGUAUUGUACAAGAAUUGGAAAAUGGCAUUUCUUUCCGGGGAGGAACAAACUGAGGAUUACCUUUUCAAGAUUGUUUUGAUUGGUGAUUCAGCUGUUGGGAAGUCAAACUUGCUUGCCAGAUUUGCAAGAAACGAAUUCUAUCCUAAUUCUAAAUCAACUAUAGGAGUAGAGUUCCAAACCCAGAAGAUGGAUAUUAAUGGGAAGGAAAUCAAGGCACAGAUCUGGGACACAGCUGGUCAGGAGCGGUUCAGGGCUGUAACAUCUGCAUAUUACAGAGGUGCAGUUGGAGCUCUGCUUGUCUAUGACAUCAGUAGGCGCCAGACAUUUGAUAGCAUUGGCAGAUGGCUUAACGAACUUCACACUCACUCUGACAUGAAUGUAGUUACAAUACUUGUUGGCAAUAAGUCCGAUCUUAAAGAUGGCAGGGAGGUUUCCACAGGCGAAGGCAAGACAUUGGCAGAGGCACAGGGUUUAUUUUUCAUGGAAACUUCAGCCCUCGAUUCCUCUAAUGUUGCUGCUGCUUUUCAGACAGUUGUUAGAGAGAUAUAUAAUAUUUUGAGCCGGAAGGUAAUCCAAUCUCAAGAGCUCAAGAAACAAGAUCCUUCCUGGACUGGGAAUGGAAAAACUGUUGUUUUACAGGGUGAUGGGAACCAAGAAACUGAUAAGCAACUAAAAAAAGGUCGGUGCUGUUCAUCCUAAAGCUGUGUUAUCAAAACAGUUCUCCAUUUUCUUUUAUGUUGGUUCUCUGAAGCCUAAAUUUUUUAUUUCUUAAGUUCUCAACAUUCGUCUCCCACAUGUAAUUCAAAUUCUUAUUAUUGUUGAAAUGUUGGUUCAAAUGACUUUUUUUUUUUUCUUUUUGUGCUAUGAAAUUCGGCGUAGAAAUUGUAAAUGACUUGAAGGGGAUAUAAAAAAGGAUGAUAUUGCAAUUUUGCAUGA